AUGGGAGGUGUGGCAGUGUGGGUGCGUGAAUGGUGGUGGACAGGCAAAAGUGAAAUUGGUGGAAAGAAGCGGCUGCCAGAGACGGGUGGAGUUGAGGUGGAGAGAAAUCAGUCUGAAGGAGCUGAGAUCCAUCGCCUCCGCCUCGAAAUCUACCACCUCCGCCUCGAAAUCCACCGCCGAACUGUGCAGAGCUGCACGCAGCGGCUUCUCGUGCCUGAGAGUGUCUUCGUCGGAUUGGCAGUUGGAGCUGUGGCUGGAGUACUCGGAGGGCUAGCACUGGAAGAAGGGAUAAAGUACGAGGAAGAGAAGAUAGCAGAGAGAGUUGAGAAUGACAUGGCUUCAAGAGAUGACCAUUACAGUGAAUUUCACGCUGAUUUUUGA